GGGAGUCCCAGGAGCGUUAGGGGGUGCGCCUGCGCGCCGCUGCUCCAGCGCAUCCGGGCUGGAGCUCGCCUGCCCCCUCCCCCGCCCGGAGCCGCCGAAGCGCCUCGGUGCGUUGCACCGCCGGAGGCUGGGCAGCUCGCAGCGCUGCUCGGCGCUGGACCCCACCCGGCAGGCGCAGGCCACGCACACCCGGCUCUGUGCGGCUGCCCCCCGCAGCAUUGCACGGCCGACCCUCGCCCGCCCACUGCCACCGGCCGCGGGACUGGCUGGGACUGGCUCGGCGCAGGGCACUGCUCCUCGGUGCAUUGCUGCUCGGGCGCCGCAGCCCGCAGCCGCCAGCCUCCCCCGGCCGUGCCCCUCCCCCGUGGAGCCGGCUGUCGGUCGGCGCCCACUGCCCGGCGGCACCGGCGGAGCCAGGCAGCGCCGCGGCGGCCGAGCGCGCUCGCGCAUCGGGCCCUCUGGCCUUCUUUACCUAGGGCAGCCCGCGCCCCGGUGCGAGGGAGCGGUCCUUACCGAGACCCGCCCGGCCCGGCGGUGCGAUGAGCUUCUUCGGCUUCGGGCAGAGCGUGGAGGUGGAAAUCCUUCUGAACGAUGCAGAGAGUAGGAAGCGGGCCGAGCACAAGACGGAGGACGGGAAGAAGGAGAAAUAUUUCCUCUUCUACGACGGGGAGACGGUCUCCGGGAAGGUGAGCCUUGCCCUCAAGAACCCCAACAAGCGGCUGGAGCACCAGGGCAUCAAGAUCGAGUUCAUCGGGCAGAUCGAACUCUACUACGAUCGCGGGAACCACCAUGAAUUUGUGUCCCUGGUGAAGGACCUGGCCCGGCCUGGAGAGAUCACCCAGUCGCAGGCCUUCGACUUUGAGUUUACCCACGUGGAGAAGCCGUAUGAGUCCUACACAGGGCAGAAUGUGAAGCUACGCUAUUUCCUUCGAGCUACCAUCAGCCGCCGCCUCAAUGAUGUUGUCAAAGAGAUGGACAUUGUAGUUCACACACUCAGCACAUACCCGGAGCUGAACUCUUCCAUCAAGAUGGAGGUUGGGAUUGAGGACUGUCUGCACAUUGAAUUUGAGUACAAUAAAUCCAAAUACCACUUGAAAGAUGUCAUUGUAGGGAAGAUAUACUUCCUGCUAGUGAGAAUCAAAAUCAAGCACAUGGAGAUAGACAUCAUCAAGCGAGAAACGACGGGUACAGGCCCCAACGUGUACCAUGAGAACGACACGAUAGCCAAGUACGAGAUCAUGGACGGGGCACCAGUGCGAGGAGAGUCCAUCCCGAUCCGGCUCUUCCUGGCCGGGUAUGAGCUCACGCCCACCAUGCGGGACAUCAACAAGAAGUUCUCUGUGCGCUAUUACCUCAACCUGGUGCUGAUAGACGAGGAGGAGCGGCGCUACUUCAAGCAGCAGGAAGUGGUGUUGUGGCGGAAGGGUGACAUCGUACGGAAGAGCAUGUCCCACCAGGCGGCCAUCGCCUCACAGCGCUUUGAGGGCACCACCUCCCUGGGUGAGGUGCGGACCCCCAGCCAGCUGUCUGACAACAACUGCAGGCAGUAGGCCCCCAGGGCCAAGAAGAUGCUGGGCACCCACCCAGCACCCCCAUCUACCAACACCAGCGGCUGGGGGCGGGGGCGGACCUUGUGAGGCUCAGUUGACCCGUUACUUGCAACCUGAAAACAAAUCAUGUUUUUGACUUAAAUUCUUUUCUCCGGAGAACCCAAGGGGCUUGGGGUGGGAAGCAGUCUCUCCUUGGGAUUCUGCGGCCGAUGUGGGAUAGAAGAGGUAGCAUCCUGGAAGCCAGCCUCUCUGGGGAACAUGAGCCCCCUUCCUCAGGGGGCUGCCUUGCGUCUUAGAGGAGGGAGAGCAGAGAGCACGCAUCCUUGGCUCCUGGCUCUCCGAGCUUCCUGAUACAGGAUCUGAGCAUGUCCCUGGGAUUCUGAGCUGCCAACAGGGCCCUGGGUAGUCACAUCUUGUACUCCCCUCUGCUGUCCCAGAGGUAGUGGCAGGAGUUGGGCCAGCCCCCACUAAGUGGCAGGGGAAGACUCACGAUUGGGAAGCUACCUCUUUGGGAAUCUUGGAUGUGGUGAUCUCAAGUUCCCACAGGCCACCUCCUUCUGGCCACUCACUGCUGGGACCCAGGCACCUCCCUUCUCCAUCCUCUCUGGAUUGUCAGUAAUGUCCUGGAACAGAAGCCUGUGGGAUGGCCUUGGGCACAGAGAAGCCCUGGGGUCAGUGUCGUGCACGGAUGGCGGCAGUGUUGAACCCAGGAGGCUGAACCCGGCCCACCACGGAAGAUGAGUGCAUGGCAACCGCCUGCCUUCACGUUGCUCCACUUGGUAACCCCAAGGUCUGGGCUGUUCUAGGUAUUGCUUCACGUGCCCCAACAAGCCCUUAACAAGAGGGCCUGGUUCCCUGAAGAACCAAUCCCAGGAAGGGGCCUUGAUCCCUCUGCCUUGCUGAGAGUGAACCCUCGUCUCUCCUCACCCUCCAUUUCAUUUCUGGGAAUUGGGGCUUAGUUUCGAACCUUUGGCAAGGCUGUUCUUACUAAUGCCCAAGCCCCUUUACCCCUCUCCCUAUAGGUUACACAGGGGAGACCAGGGCCUCGGCAGAAGACUGCUGCCACACUUCCAAAUCAUUCUGCUUGCCAAAUAUGUCAUCUUCACCAGUUGACUGACCCAAGUUUAGGACCAUUGGUAUCGUGUGUUUAAAAAACACAUAUAAAAAAACUCUUGUGAAUAUUUUUGUUAUGCUAGAGAGGAAGGCACUUCUCCCUCUACGGCUCUGCGCUGGGGCCUAUGGUAGUAAAGUUGUUUACUGUCCUUUUUCUGCCUCCCCUGGAAAUGACAGGCAUUCCUCUCCCAUUGGUCUCCCUUCCCUUUAUAGAAAGACCAAGCAGGCCCCACUGGCCAAGAGGUACGGUAUUUGGCAGUCUGAGUUCUCAGUAAUUUGGAAAGUUAAGGAGUUGGUUCCUGUGUCACCUUUCAGUUAGUGUGGGAAAGAAGACUUCUGUUUUCCUGAGAUCAGUGCAGUCUCAGGCCUUUGGCAGGGCUCACGGAUCAGAGCUGAGACUGGAGGGAGAGGCAUUUGGGGUAGCCUAGGAGGGCGACUGGCGGCAGCAGAACCGAGGCGGCAAGGUUGUUUUCCCCCUGCUGUGUCCUGUGUUCAGGUGCGACGCACAAUCCUCAUGGGAACAGGAUCCCCCAUGCGCUGCCCUUGAUGAUCAAGGUUGGGGCUUAAGUGGAUAAGGGAGGCAAGUUCUGGGUUCCUUGCCUUUUCAGAGCAUGAGGUCAGGCUCUGUAUCCCUCCUUUUCCUAGCUGAUAUUCUAACUAGAAGCAUUUGUCAAUUCCUUUGCCUCCCAACUGACAACACACGUUCAUUUUCCAACCUUCCUAACAUCUUAAACCUUUCUUCUGGGAGAACUAGAAGAUAGAAUUUGCUUUGAUUCUCUCAGGCGCUGUGCACAAGCCAGGUCUUCUGUUUUCUCUUUCUUACUCUACCCACAUUCUUGCCUUCUCUAUCCAACUGUGAAAGUGAGGGGAGGCUCCUGUCCCCCUCUCUUAAGGUCCCCAAACCUGGGAGUGCAUAGGUACUAAAUCAAGCAGUGCAACUUGUAAUUAAGCAGCUGCAGUGUUUACAUGUUUCUUAAUGUGUCAUCUUUUCAAUGGCUGUAUUAAAAGGAGAACGUUUGUUUUAAUGGUCUUUCUGAUUAAAGAAAGCCCCUGUGGCUUUGGAGGCAUUGUGCCCACGGUCCACCAA